GUCAGAUUGACGCGUGAGCGACUGUCAACGGGCCAGCUGAGCGCAAAAGAGUGAACAGCGAACCGUGCUAGAAGUUCAGUAGACCAGCACAACCAACGCAACGAAGGAAACUUUGACAGCGGACCCUAUUUUAUCCAACUUCUAAAGCAUUUGUAGGCUAAAGGUUGUGGAUUGUAGGCCUACCUUUAGUGAAUCGGUGAAAAGGCUGUACAAUCCUUGGCAGUGUUCUGAGACUGUACAGCUGCCUACUGCUUCUGAAAGACAACUUGCAUCUGAAAUGGACUGUGCGUAAAGAGCAGAUAAAUUACUUCAUCUCGAUUUGACUUUCAAUAUUUUUCAUUGUGUAUGUUAUUUGUUACUUGAAAAUUGUUGCGUAAGUGGACUGAUUCGGACUUUCGGGGAAAUUCCAUUUGUCACUGAACUUUGCAAAAGAAAACAUGACGGCUGAUAAGGACAAGAAAAGGAGCAGUUCGGAACGGCGGAAGGAGAAGUCUCGUGACGCGGCACGCUGUCGUCGUAGUAAGGAGACAGAGGGGUUCUACGAGCUGGCCCAUCAGCUGCCCCUCCCACACAGCGUCAGCUCCCACUUGGACAAAGCCUCCAUCAUGAGACUGGCCAUCAGCUUCCUGCGCACCCGCAAGGUCGUCGGCCCAGGCUGCUCCAACGGUGCAGAGACUGAGGAGGACAGACAGACGGACAGUAUGUAUUUGAAGUCACUGGAGGGGUUUGUCACUGUGGUUACAUCAGACGGCGACAUGAUCUUCCUCUCAGAAAACAUCAACAAGUUCAUGGGCUUAACACAGGUAGAGUUGACUGGACAAAGCAUCUUUGACUUCACCCACCCCUGCGACCACGAUGAGAUUCGCGAGAACCUGAGUCUGAAAAAUGGCACUGGGAAGAAGGGGAAAGCCUUGAGCACUGAGAGAGACUUCUUCAUGAGGAUGAAGUGCACAGUGACAAACCGUGGACGCACUGUCAACCUGAAAUCAGCCAGCUGGAAAGUUCUGCACUGCACUGGCCACCUGAAGGUGUACAACAGUUGCGCCCCUCAUGGGCUGUGUGGGUUCAAGGAGCCUCCUCUCACCUGCCUGGUGAUGAUGUGUGAGCCCAUCCCCCACCCCUCCAACAUCGACACGCCCCUGGACAGCAAGACCUUCCUGAGCCGCCACAGCAUGGACAUGAAGUUCACCUACUGCGACGACAGAGUCACUGAGCUGAUGGGCUACAGUCCUGAAGAUCUGCUGGGCCGCUCUGUCUAUGAGUUCUACCACGCUUUGGACUCUGACAGUGUCACCAAGAGCCACCAGAACCUGUGCAGUAAAGGUCAGGCAGUGAGUGGACAGUAUCGAAUGCUGGCCAAACAUGGAGGCUACGUGUGGGUUGAGACCCAGGGCACAGUCAUCUACAACAGCCGGAAUUCCCAGCCGCAGUGCAUCGUUUGUGUCAACUACGUCCUCAGUGACGUGGAGAACAAGUCCAUGAUCUUCUCCAUGGACCAGACUGAGUCUCUGUUCAAGCCACACCACAUGAACAGUUUCUUCACCCAGAGUGGUGCUGCGGUGGCCGCGGAGCCCAUCAAGACCCUGUUCACCAAACUCAAAGAGGAGCCAGAAGACCUUGCUCAGCUGGCUCCCACACCUGGAGACGCCAUCAUCACCCUUGACUUUGGAAGGCCACCGUUUGAGGAGCCUCAUCCUCCUCUUUACCCCAAGAUGUCUCCCAUGCCCCCUCCGGCCCCCCAGGGCUGGGGCAGUGAUGCCCACAAGCCCUGCCCGGCAGGAGACAUGUCCAACCACAUGGCUGCCACCUUCUCACUGCCCCAGAACCCCACACCAGGCAGUGCCACCCCCAGCACUGCCCCCCCUAGCCUGAGCAGUUGUUCCACGCCCAGCAGCCCAGGGGAUUACUACAGCGAGAGAGAGAGUGACCUGAAGGUAGAGCUGACUGAGAAGCUCUUUGCUCUGGACACAGAGGGGCCCAAGAGCCCCGGCAGCACCCAGUCGGUCCUGAGUGAUUUGGAUCUGGAGACCCUGGCUCCCUACAUCCCCAUGGACGGAGAAGACUUCCAACUCCACCCCAUCAUUACUGAAGAGGCCCCUGGAGGCACCGAGGGGGCCGCUGACCAAAUGGGACACCGCACCACACAGAACGGGUUCAGCAACAUCGCCAGUCUCUUCCAGCCCCUGGGAUCCCCACAGUCUGCCCACUACCAGCCCGCCAAGUGGGCCCCAGGAGACAAGAGAGGCCCCAACCACAGUGAAAUAAGCCCCAUGGACUCCAGGCCUACUCUGCCCUACACAGGCCCUGCACAGAUCACCCCCUACCACACCCUAGCCAGCACCCCUUUGUCCUCCAUGGGCGGACGUCAGAACCUGCAGUGGCCCCCCGAUCCCCCGUUACACUACCAACAACAAGUGGACGCCAUGGGCGGAAGCAACUCAUGUCAGAACAUGCCGGUCAACAGGAUGCACAAGCAGAGGUCAAUGGAGAACUUUGUCCAGGCCUACAGAGACAUGAGUCCUGCUAGAAUCGCCAUAGCCAACAACUUCAAGCGUUCCUUCACGCAAAUGGCAGUGGGUGACUCCACCCUGAGUACGCCAUCAGAGAUGAUGUGGAAGAGGAUGAGGAAUGAAAGCUGUGCCAUCCUGGAUAGAUCUCUCAGCACCAGCUCACUGGCAGAUAAAGGUAUGUGCAUACAUGGGGGUGUUGACCAGUGUCUCAGCCCCCUUCAACGGCACAGGAAGUCCCAGUAUCCAGGAUGUGGAAACAGUGCACCUAAAAAAGCCUUCCCCGAACAGUGGUGCAACUACAGAGAAUACCGUAUGCUGCCCUCUCCCAAAACAGAGGGGGUUGCCAGUCGGCUGUUGGGCCCGUCCUUUGAGACCUAUUGUCUGCCAGAGCUCACCCGCUACGACUGCGAGGUCAAUGUCCCUCUCCAAGGCAACCUGCACUUGCUGCAGGGCAGUGACCUACUGAGAGCCUUGGACCAGGCCACCUAGACCCAGCCCUACACCCUCUACUGCAUUUCCCUACCCUGGACCAGGCCACCUAGACCCAGCUCUACACCCCCUACUCCCCUACCCUACCCCCCUCUGGACCAGGCCACCUAGACCCAGCCAUACACCCCCUACUCCCCUACCCUACCUUCCUCUGGACCAGUUCACCUAGACCCAACCCUACACCCCCUACUCCCCUACCCUACCCUCCCCUGGACAAGGCCACCUAGACCCAGCACUACACCCCCUACUCCCCCACCCACCUACCCUACCCAGCCCUGGACCAGACCUCCGAGACGCAGACAUAUACCCCCUCCCGUACUUUAUCUUACCCUACCCUACCUAGACAUAGCCCUCACCAACCUCACCUCUACCCAUCCUUACCCUCCAAUAGUCUUAGCCAAUACACCCUAGACUAACACAUCUCUACAACACUGACUGACACCUCAGCCAAGCCGCCUCCCCUGUCCUAACGUCCUGGCACAUCUAACAUAGUACUACUCCACCAUGCCCCACCCACCCACCCUACCAUACCAAGCCCCAUACAAACCUGUUUCAUCGUCAAAGCCACACAUACCCUGCCUCCUCCUCAUCCAUCCACCCUACUGCCCCUAUGUAUCAUUAGAAAAACGUGUGGCUUCUGUUCUAUUUUUGUUGUCUUUAUCAUCAUAAAUUAUAUACGUGUAUAAUUCUUAGUUAUUAGUCUAUUUCUGUUAAACGAUUUGAUCUGUUUCAGUGUUCCCAAGCUCUAUUCUGUCCUCCCAAUUGUGUGAUCUGUAGCCUACUUUUCUUCUUUCACCAUGUCUGUCUGUCUGUCUGUCUGUCUGUCUGUCUGUCUGUCUGUCUGUCUGUACGACGCUGUCAUAGACACACUAACAAACAAAACAGUCUGAAAUCCAGAUUAAACUUCACCGAAUGUAAGCAUAACAUCCAGGUUUUUUUUAAAUAAACGUUUUUGUUGUUCUUUUACUACCCUUUCCCCAUUCCUUACUGUCUAGUUUCCUUCAGUCACUGGUGUCUGUUUGCAUGUUUCUAUUGUUCCCUCAGUGUGAGCUCACUGGAUAGUUACAGUGCUUGCCAUGAAGUUGAUUGGUCAAAUCAGAGCGUGCCCCCAACAUAGGGAGGAGAGUGCUAUUUUUGGUACCUUUUUCAUGGCAUUAGAAGUCAUAUCAGAAUCAGAGAGACUUUGGCCUAGAUCACAGGAGGGUGGUGACGGGAGGACGGCUCAUAAUAAUGACUGUAAUGAAGUGAAUGAGAUGGUAUCAAACACAAUAAAACCAUGUGUUUGAUGUGUCAAUACCAUUUCAUUCAUUUCAUUCCAGCCAUUACUAUGAGCCCAUUCACUCCAAUAAAGGUGCCAGCAGCCACCUGUGGCCUAGAUUCACUAAGAUCAAGCGUUAACCAGUGAUAGCCGACACCCGCACAGCUGGCGUUUUAGCCGUGUCGCAGGUUUAACUGCGUUGCAGCUGUUAAGUAAGAGACGUUGCUCGUGUGGUCAUUGUCACGAAGCCACACCGGUCCCACUCGCAUUACAAGUUCAGAAUGAGUAAGUCUAGGCUAUAUAGAAAUUACAUGACACUCAAAUUGAGAAUCAUUAAACUAAAUAAUUAGGAUUUCUAUCAGCCUAAUCGAGGUGUAAAUUAAAUAUCGCAUUCCAGUGUUUGAACUUGUAAACAAGUUGUAAACAAGGUUGCAUGGGAUUUUUCUUAAUGCGACUCCGUGUAGCCAAUGGCAAUGUCCUCCUUUAGGUAUAAUGCCGGGAGCCGCCUGUGGAUUUGAACACUUCCUUAGUUUAAGAGAUGGCAACUCGCUAUUGACAUUGAGACUCUUUUUCUGUAUUCUCUUUCUUUCUAUUUCAUUCUCAUUUUUAGGUCUUUGUCUUUGUGUGGUGACCACUUAAAAGUUUGAAUUUAGCUUCGUACACACAUAUAUGUAUUUAAAGACAGAAGCUAUAAAGUUUCUACUAUAAUGUCAAGAUAGUGUUUUAGUGUUUAUGUGCCUUGGUACUUUGUCUUAUCUACCCAGUAGAUGCAGAUUGUAUUCCUGUGUUUUAGAUGUUACUCCAUAGUGCUGGUGUCUGUUUUGUUUUUUGUUUUUUCCAGAGUGUAUGCACAAGUAUAAUGAAAUUGUUAGCAGGCCAGUACUGAUCUGUUGUUGCGCUUUAAAGAAAAAAGAAAAUGGAGAGGGAAAAAACGAUAACAUUUUCUAAGUUCCACUUUUGACAUGUAGCAUUUUGAAUAUUGUAAACAAAAGAAAUUGACACAAAAGUAAUAUCUUUCAACAGUAUCUAAACAGGUGAUGGUGCUUUAUAGAUAUAACCAUCUUGCAUUUGUAGAGGCAACUUUAUAUGUUUCAUGGAUCCACUUUCAGUAACACUGUAUUUUGAUGCUAUUAUUCAUUUUUCUUGCUGAGAUUGUCUUUAAAGGUGAUUCAUAACAGACAUGAUGUGCCUUAACAUUGCCUUAAGGUUGUCCCAAUGUUGAUUCAGCCCAGUGUUAUGCCCUUCAAAAUGCACAGAUUGUAGACGUAGACGUACAGUAGAUUGUCCUAUAAAACUACACUAGC